CUGCGACAACUCGAUGGCUGCCAAGUGUUUCAUCGGUGGCUCUGGCGGCGCGAGCAAGGGCGAGACGGAGUCUACUGGGAAAGGAUCGGCUUGCUUCGACUUGGAGGGCUGCUUCGGCGACGGCGCUGACACCCACCUCCAGGCGGAGAACCAGCAGAGCCACAAGAUGCAGGCGGAUCCUGUGGCUGUGGCGCCAUCAGGUGCCAAUUACUUCAAUUACGCCGAGAAGGACGCUGAGCAGACCACGGACAGCACCCCCGAAGAUGGCUAUAAGAUGGACUGUGCUCAGCGCGUCAUCUGGCAGCAGACGGGGAAGCGCGGGAAGAACAGGAAGCCCAAGAAGAAUAACUAUGUGGGGCCUGACAUCUCCAUCAAGUCCGAGGCUGAGGUUGCAGCGGUGUGGGAUGCCAUUGACUCUGGCUUCUUCGACGGCUCCAUGAGUUCAGGGAGUGGCUCCGUCGGGGGCCUCAGA